UACAGACGUUUUGAAUGAAAUCUGACGUUUUAAGUCAUCAUAUGCAUUUAAUUUUCAGAACUUUACAAAAAUUACAGUCGUGAUUGUUUUAUUUUUGUGUUUAUAACAGAUAUAAAUCUAUGAAGUGUAUUGUUUCAAGUCUAAAAGGAUUAAAUAAUAAUUAUUUUCCCUUCGCUUGCUACAUCAAUGAUCAUAAAAAUAUUGGAAGUUGAAUACAAUGGGUGACCAAACUAAUCAUGCCCUUCGAGCCAGGCAUAGCUAUUACAUACCCAGAUGCACGGAGCACUCUGAAAACUGCUGUAAGUCGGAGGUCAAUGUUGUCCUCCAAAAAGAGUACGUUUUACCGACCGGUUCUAAUAAACGCGACUUAAAUGAACACGCCUCCUUUAGAAGUCUUGGAGAGUAUUACAAGAAAUAUGAACAUGAUGAAGUGCCCGUUAAAGAUUCCAACCAUGAAGAUUCAACUGUAGGCGACAAAGGAUCUUUAACUAAUUCGGAACUUGAUAAAUUAGAGUUGAAAAUAUUCAAGAACAUGUCACAGGAACUACAAACUGACAACUCGCUCACAAGUUUGGAGUCAAACAUCAAAUUUUUCAGAACGACUGUUCAAGAGAUAUUUGAUAAUUUCUAUGCAAGCAUGCGUGACUUUGAAGUUUAUAAAAAGAGAUUUAACGAGAUUCUUGCUAAAAAUAAAGAGGACGCGUUAGCUGAUAUGGAAGAGUUCAUUAAAGAUAUGAUACACCACAUUAUGUCUUCGGAAACUCUAAUUUCUAAUGAGAGCAAGAAAUCGAAUGACUUCGCGGCCAUAUCGUUUAAAGACAAAGAAACUCAUAUAAGCAGCUUCGACGACGACUCCAGCUUCGAUACAACCACUAUUUCUACGGCGGAACACCUGCAUUCGGUAGUAGAAGCGUACAAGAAUGACAAUUAUCUCACGGAUUCCACUUUGACUGAUCGUUCUUCUAAACCAAAAAGUCGCUCUAACAAGGAAGAGAUCUUCAAUAUUUAUCUUUUAAGUGGAAACCCAUGCGUACAAAUCAAGAUGAAUGAACGAAACCUGCUAUCGGAAAUCAACAUAAAAGAGCCUUUUCUAAGCUCAAGUGAAGGUAAACCUGUUGCAUCUGCAGAGAACAUGGAGAGGCUGGCUGCUAAGAAGCUGGAGCUGAAGAACUAUGUCGAGCAGCUACAGGACUAUAAUGCACCCGAUAGAGAAAUACCUGUCAAGGUUUCCUACGCCAAGAAAAAUAUACACCUCAAUGAGGACUUUUCCCAUGACCGGGAAAAUGAAAAAUCAUUUAUGUCUAAACUUUGUAAUUUUUUGUGCAGGAAAUUCCGCAAAACGACGUAUUCGUAAUAAAUUGUAUAUGAAUAUAAACUCGUGAUUUAAUUAUUCAACAAAUACUUUAUUGUGGACUAGACAAAGAAUAGAACAAGGAACAAAAUCAAGACAAUCCAAAAUCUUCAAACUCGCCGCGUGCCGGGCGAGGAGGGCGG